UCCAUUUGUUAAAGUUAUUUCUUUUAAGUCAAAUACGUCUCCAAUUUCCAGAGCAAUUUCGAUAUUUUGGAGGCAGUGAAAAACAACGGCUAAUGUUGCAAGGAAAAUUGUUAGUCAUGUGGUAUUCAGGAUAACCUGGGCUCCGGCGAUGGCGAGGGCGAGGGGAGUCCACUCUCCCGCCGCGGCUCGUCCGCGGGGGCGCCGGGCCCGUCGCUCCCCCGGCGGCCCGGAGCGCUCCUCGGCCCCCGCCCCGAGGCGUCCAGGCCAGGCCGCCCCUCCUCGGCGCCGCGCCGCUGCCCGCGCGGGCCGGGCCGCCUCGAGCUCCCGGGCCGCCCCGCGGCGGGGGGCCUCUCUCGCGGGGCGCCCGGCUCCCCUCACCCGCUUCCGCUCCCUGGGCGGCCGCGGAGCCGAGGGAGGGCGGGAAAGGCCUCUCGAGGAGAACGGGCGGGCGCGAACGCGGGCUCCGGCACCCAAGCCGCUCCGUUCCCGCAGCGGCGACGACGACCAGGGCCGUGUUGUUGCUGCCAACUUGUCGAGGGAACACUGAGCAUGCGCGCGCGGAGACCACAUCCGGGUAAUUUCAGGGUUUGGCCCU